AUGACAAACAAAUAUGCAUAUCGGUCUCUCCCAGACGAAUACUCUAUUCGAGUCCUCAAUCUUGAACCGGGGAAAGAUGACGAUCAGUUGUCUGGGGCACUCGAAGUGAUACACCUGCACAGCCCCAACCCGGCUUCUGAUUCUGACCCCAGUGCGGACUCGUCGACAACUAGAGUGACCAGAUGGACCCCGGACAAGUCCUAUGAGGCCAUUUCGUAUGUGUGGGGAUCGAAAAAGAAGGACCACGCCAUCCUCUUGAACGGGAAGACCCACCAGAUCACGGCCAACUUGAGCGACGCUCUCUAUCAGUGCCGACAGACAGACCAGUCCCGGGUUCUGUGGGCGGAUUCGAUAUGCAUUGAUCAAGAAAAGCUGGAGGAAAAGAAUCAUCAGGUGUACAUGAUGGGUCGCAUCUAUGCAUCUUCUCAGCGCACCCUCAUCUGCCUAGGGACCGACCGCGACAAUCGAGACCACGCUCGGAAUGCACUUGGGGUGAUUUCCGAUGCCAAUCGUAUGAUUCAAGAAGGGUUCCAGAGACCUGAUUUCUCCUGGGAACUGAACAGUUUUCCUCAAGCUCUUCCGGAAGAUCCCCUGGUCAACGACUUAAGAUGGCAGUCGGUAGAUAUUCUGUUCAGCCUUCCAUGGUUCCGGCGCGGUUGGGUUGUCCAAGAAGCAGCCUUGGGACGUGAAGCGUGCGUAAUAUGGGCAGACUACAAGAUCGCGUUGAUGGAUGUUCUCCGAGUCCAAACGUGGUACAACAGACGCGCGCAAGCUGCAAACAAGUCACACUGUGUGGGUGGAUAUACGUCCAUGCUCUUUCCGCAAAUUUUCUUUCACAAAAGAAAGGCAGAAGCCAGGGUUUUAUUCGCCUCAGAGAACAAAAUCGACGACCCGAACAUUCCGCUGGCUCUGCAUCAUGCCAGGAACCUAUAUCUUAGCGACCCUCGGGACAGAAUCUACGCAUUUAUGGCCCUGCCAUUUGUCAAGAAUCGGUUGCCUGCCCUGCAUCCUAACUACGAGCAACCACAUCUCGAGGUUUACCGAGACUUCGCCGUGAAGUAUUUAGAAAAGACUUCAGACUUGAACAUCUUAUGUUAUGUGACAGAUGAAGAGGUGAAUGAAGAGUCUAUUCACGGCACACUUGGGAGCUCGUGGGUUCCACGAUGGGACUGCAGAGCAUGGAACGCUCCACCUUCCGCAAGUUUUUAUAGAAACUUUGGCCGCACGUCUGCAGAACCAGCCGAAUUCAUGAUUAUGCGUGGAGAAGAUGAUGCAUCAGCUCCAUUGCAAGUCCGGGCGGUCAUCUUUGACUCAAUCAAACUCAUUUCGAGGCGUAUCGAAGAUUCUAUGACAAUCGAGGAUUUAAUCGCUCUAUGGUCUUUAUGGUCAAAACAAGCUGGCUCUGCCAUUGCCUCCAGACAAGUUGAGCCCAGUGCCGACAACGAUAGCCUGAAAUUCCUCCGCGCUUUGGCCGGUGGGCUCCAUCUAGGGCGCUAUGAAGAAUGGGCAGAAAUGCUACACUCGUACUCAAAGUUUCUCCAGGACAGCAAGCAAGAAGAUCCAUUAUCACCAGGCAGCGCUCAAGUGUCUCCGGAUAUACAAUCCUGUCAUCGACAGUUAAUUGGAUCUGGCCACCACUCGCAACUUUUCUUACUCAAGAGAGGAUAUUAUGGGCUCGGCUCCUGGGCCAUCAAGCAAGACGACGUCUGUGCCUUCGUCUUCGGGGUGCAGAUCCCCAUCAUUCUCCACAAAGUUCCUGAUGCCGGGGUUCACCAUUACAAAGUGAUCGGUCCCGCCUUCGUUGUCAGCAAGGGCUUGGACCAACUGGGCAUACCGCAUGAUUUGCAUCGAUGGGGCGUUUGGGACAACUGGCAUGAGCUCUGUAAGUUAGAAGGAUGGACAGAUUGGGGACUGAAAGAAGAAAAGAUCAUCCUUCUAUGA